UGUUGUUUAUAUGUAGCGAGACAAUACCUCUGAGUGGCUUUAGAAGAUUCUACUUCUUCUUGCGACCUGCUCCAAGCUGAUCAUGGACUUUUCACAAUCCUUCUCAAGGCUCAAUGACCAGCUGAGACCUCGGAUCACCACCAGUCCACAGCUCUACUCCUCUCUGAACAGAGUGGAGGACAGAUACAGAGAGUGGGGCUCGCUCAGGAGUCGAUCUUCGUCUUACCGACAAACAAUUCUGUCAACAGAACCAAACAUCACUGUGACUACAGCAGAACCAAGAGAUCCAGGGGAACCCGAAGAGGCUGCAGAUCAGGAAGAGUUUGUCUCUGGUGGUCUAGAAGAAGGAGAUUGUGCAGAUCUGAGUAUCUUCAACAACUCAAGCCUCACUAAUCUAAAUUUACAAGAUAUGGGUGAAGACCUAUUUGAGAGUGACAGCAACACCUCACAUUCCGAGGAGAAAGACAUUGAAGGUGAGCUGAUCUCCGAGGGGACAGGAGAGUCCACAGAGUCUGUAGCUGGAGAGGGUGGUAGCAGCUCCCUCCAGGGAAGCUACCUAGACGGGACUUUACCAGACCUGAUCAGGAGCGGCAGGCCGAUUGGCAGGCGCCGGACACUGGGACCAGUCUCAGACACGCUGAAAGAAGUGCGCAGAGAAGUGGAGCUGUCUCGAAGGCGAAGUAUUAAGCUGAAGGCUCAGGUGGACAAACUGCAGGAGAGCAGAGACGGACGGGGAUGGAGCCAGCACAGAGAGAGGGUCACAGAGGAGGUUAUGUCUGUUCUGAGACUGCUUCACCCGCUGACACAUCAGGAGUCCAGCCUGCCCGAACCCUCCAAUGGGGCAAACCAGCUGGACAGUGCCUUGGUCCAGCUGCAGAAUGUGGCUCGGAAACUGGCUAUCAGCCACACCAAACAGUCCAACUCUGGAAAAGAUACAGAGGACAGUGGUAUUCUGCAGCAGGCUCUGCGGGACCGAGAUGAGGCCAUAGAGAAGAAGAAGGCCAUGGAGGAAGAGCUGCUGAGGAGUAAAACAGAGAUGAUGUUGCUGAACAACCAGGUGCUGGAGGCCGUACAGAAACGUCUGGAGAUGUCGCUGGAGCUCGAGGCCUGGAAGGAGGACGUUCAGCAGAUGAUCCACCAGCAGCUGCUGAUUCAGCAGCAGGCGGAGCAGAACCAGAAGAAGCCUUCCCGCCUGGGUAUCCUGAGGAGAAAUAACAAAGCGCCCAUGCAGAGGCCUUCCACCUUCCUUGCGGUUACACCCGUGCCUCCCACAACCAACGUAAACCAAAUCUUUGUCUCCAAAUCUGCUGCUUCGACUCCCAACACAUCUCCUACCCAACGCAACUGGAGGGACAGGCUAAGGAGGGGAAAGAAUGGUCGUCAAGGAGACCAAGAUGCAGCCGGGCAGGAUUCAGAUAAUGGCAGAGGUGACGACUUUGAGGUUGUUUCACUCGAUUAAACAGGAAUUGCACUAGUUUUGAUACACAAAUCUAAUGUCUUACAAUUGAAAGCCCUCUUCAGAUUAAACGUGUAUUGCUUAUUGUUUCUUGGUUGGAGUUUAAGAUGUGAACGCUUUAAUGUUAUUACACCACAAGUUUGAAAGCCAAUUGUGUACCAAGGCGCUUCCGACACACUUGAUUUCCUUACAACUGCAACGCAUACAUAGAGAACAGACUUAUUAUAUAUAUGUUCAUUCACUAGCAAGGACCACACCAUCAACUACAUGCCAUUUGACAAUUAUGUGUUGAUUAUAUUGGAAAGCAUGAACAGAAGGGGAGGAGAGGGUUUGAAUUGAUGGGAAUGCCAAAAGAGACGCUGUUGAGCUGUUGGUCCUGCUCCUGAUUCUUUGCUAUAUAGCAUCUAAUGAUUUUGUACAGCUGUAGUAUGAACAAGACUCACAAAGUCUCAGAGAAGAAUAUUUAAUUUUAAGCAUUUAAAAAAAGUAAAUUGAGCUUUCUUGAGAACAAAUAUAGUAUUCCAAACAGAUCAUUUUUGUUUGGCUUAAUGUCUGUAGAAAAGGUGUUUUCUUGUUGUAGGAACACUGAUUAGAUCUUUCUUUAUCAUUUACAUAUGAAUAUAUGUGGAUAGUUAUAGUGGAUGAGCCAUGUCAUGUUUUUUAAAAACUGUAAAAAUUGAAUGCUCUUGCACAUUUGUUUCUUGAUUAUUUCUAUCUUCUGCUGUAAAUAAAUUAUCUAUGCAAAAGCUGC